GCCUGUGGGCCUCCCCGGGGUUCCCUGCGCCCGCGGCCCUGGCGCGCCCGGAGCUGUGGAGAGACCCGGCCAAGGACAGAACCAGAGGAGGAGGAAGCUCGGGGUGGCCCCUUGACUCUAAGCUGUUGUAUGUGCUGUGCCAUCGGCCCACAGGGAAGGCUCAGAAACGCCUCGAGAAAGCACAUACGCGUGUGCUCAGUAUUCCUGAUCGGUCUUUGUUUAACACUAGAGCUCCCCAUGUGCACGCCUGCUUGCUUGCUUCAAAGACCUGGAGGCCUCUGGGUAGGAGACGAAGCUGUGGUGUCGCGGUGCCGGGCCCCAGGGGCAGGGCCUCCAGAGGCUUUGUGAAGCCGCGUCCUCUCUGUGAGAUUGUCACAGCAGCGACACGGAGAGCCGGCGAGGCCUAGGAAACCCAGCUUUGAAAGGCUUGCUCAGAGCGAGCUCGACAGUUGGAUUGUUCGUCAGGCGUGUUAAAUCUGGGCGUCGUAGAAGGGAUGAUUACCGUUCUGUAAAAUUAAAAAUGUCUAAGAUGGGAACUCCUAGCCAGUGUAGUGCAACUUCGUUCAUUUAAAAAGAUUUUCUUGCUUCUACUUCUGGCAUGAUCCCGGAGACCAGUGCGAGCGUCGACUACCCAGUGACCUAUGAUCCUACCGUAUCUGUUGAUUAACUAUGGAAGAUUAUACCAAAAUAGAGAAAAUUGGAGAAGGUACCUAUGGAGUUGUGUAUAAGGGUAGACACAAAACUACAGGUCAAGUGGUAGCCAUGAAGAAAAUCAGACUAGAAAGUGAAGAGGAAGGGGUUCCUAGUACUGCAAUUCGGGAAAUUUCUCUAUUAAAAGAACUUCGUCAUCCAAAUAUAGUCAGUCUUCAGGAUGUGCUUAUGCAAGAUUCCAGGUUAUAUCUCAUCUUUGAAUUCCUUUCCAUGGAUCUCAAGAAAUACUUAGAUUCCAUCCCUCCUGGUCAGUUCAUGGAUUCUUCACUUGUUAAGAGUUAUUUGUACCAAAUCCUACAAGGGAUUGUGUUUUGCCACUCCAGAAGAGUUCUGCACAGAGACUUAAAACCUCAAAAUCUAUUGAUUGAUGACAAAGGGACAAUUAAAUUGGCUGAUUUUGGCCUUGCCAGAGCUUUUGGAAUACCUAUUAGAGUAUACACACAUGAGGUAGUAACACUGUGGUAUAGAUCUCCAGAAGUAUUGUUGGGGUCAGCUCGCUACUCAACUCCAGUUGACAUUUGGAGUAUAGGUACCAUAUUUGCAGAGUUAGCAACUAAGAAACCACUUUUCCAUGGGGAUUCAGAAAUCGAUCAACUCUUCAGAAUUUUCAGAGCUUUGGGCACCCCCAAUAAUGAAGUGUGGCCAGAAGUGGAAUCUUUACAGGACUAUAAGAAUACAUUUCCCAAGUGGAAACCAGGAAGCCUGGCAUCCCAUGUUAAAAACUUGGAUGAAAAUGGCUUGGAUCUGCUCUCAAAAAUGUUAGUCUAUGAUCCUGCCAAACGAAUUUCUGGCAAAAUGGCAUUGAAUCAUCCAUAUUUUAAUGAUUUGGACAAUCAGAUUAAGAAGAUGUAGCUUUCUGACAGUUUCCAUGUAUCAAGAACAGAUAGUUACAUUUUUACUGUUAACUUUGUCUAUUUUUGUUUGUGUAUUUUUCUUUGUUGUAAACUUAAGCUAUACUUCAUCUUCUGAUUUCAAAAGUGUAACUUAAAAAUGUAAAUAUUGUUCUAUAUGAAUUUAAAUAUAAUAAUUCUGUAUAUGUUUAUAGAUCUCACUGUAACAACUGUUUGUUACCAUAAUAAAACUAUAAAUCUAGUAUUGAUGUCAGGAAUUUAAAAAAUUUUGAGUUAGCUUAAAUCAUAUCAAAUCUUAGAGAUUGGUUUAGGAAAAUGUGCUAAUUUCAAAAGUUCAUAAAGCUUUGAAGUCUUUUGAUGCUCUGUGUUUAAAUUUUGUCAGUUGCUUGCUUUGGAGGGGUAACUGUACACCUGCCUAAAGAUAAGUAUUUUUCUGCUGGUAUUUCAAUUUGUGACCUAAUGUUUAAGCAUUCAGAAUGAGAAAACUAUCCAGAUUUGAGAAAUGAUGCUAAAUUUAUAGAGGUUUUCAGUAACUUAUAAAACUAACAUUAGAGCAUGCCAAAGUUUGUGAAGUUUUACAGUCAGAGAUCAAGGGCUGCUCACAGCAGGGAAGAACAUUUAGAAAAUUUAUGAACUAGCCUAUUUUUAGGUAGGUUUUGAAAGCUAUUUGUCUAAGUGAAUUCUUUUGCCUUGGCCAGAGGUAAUAACUAGAAAAAAGAGUUGCUCAUCUUGGCUUCCAAGUCUGACUUGAAAUCUGUUUGUAAAUUUUGACAUAAUUUUUGCCUUUUAUCAGCCUUAGAAGAUUCUAAUUUACAAGUAUUUAGCUAAAAUCACUAGCCUUAAAAUUGUUAAAUUAAUAGUCCUGCUUAUUGUGAUUCCUAUCUAUAAGGAGCCUAAUUUAAAUUACUUGUUAUAGCCAAGAGAAAUGUCUAUGGGAAGUUUUAUCCUUCCUAGUGUACAUCUAUCUGUUAUCUAACCAUAACCCUCUUUUUAUCCUGGUUACCUAUGGCUGGAAUGGGCAUUCCUGUGUUGUUGGUUGCAUAGGUAAUGUGUGAUCAACCUAAUCUACAUUGUCUUGGAAUUUUUGCACUCUAGGAGAAAGUGUGGGUUAUUUUCUUUGGUAAUGGGAUUUGUAAGAUGAGAAAUUUGUUGGCCUUGUUCUAGGUCCUUUGGUAGAAGCCAGCCUGCUAUUAUUAAGAGAAUGCAGAACCUAGAAAUGGAAGUUGUUUGGGGUCACAAUGUAAAGAGUUCAGAUUUCAUGGUGGGAAUUUGGUAAAUGAAAGGUCACACAGAAGAUUUCAUUGAGAUGGUGAAAUGACAUAUCUACAGACUUGAAUAUUCUUACCUAUAAAGCGGAAUGUUGGAUUGGUUCUGUUUUUCAAAUUGUGGAUUGCAGUGGCUCAGGACCCUCCUCAUCCUCUCCCUUCCCCGUCUCCAAAGAAGACUGGAAACUCCAUGUAUCCUCUAGAAUAAUUUCUUGGUACUUCUGUUUCAGUAAUGUAUAGAUACAUGAGAGUUACAAAUGUUUAAGGCUUUCUGGAUUUGGUAGAAAUUGUAUGCAGCCUCACGGUGAUUGCUCCAUGGAGUCUAAUUUGAAAAGUCAGAAAGGCCUCAAUUUAGAGCCUACCUUGUGGACCAGGGAAAUGAGAUGGUAGAGCUGAUCAACUGCUGUAAUGAGUGUCCUACUUAUUUGUGGAGUCCUUAUCUCAGCUUCAGUGGCUGAGUGAAAAGUUACUGAAUUCGGUCCCCCCUCAUCUUGUGCAUAUUUUUAAAUUGGCUUGUGCUAUGGUGCUUGGGAGUAAUUUUAAAAUGGAACGUGUCUCUGGGCCAGUAGCUCUUAAAUAUUUUGUACGCUCAAAACACCUGAGACUAAUUCUAACAUUUCUGAGCAAUUCUGAAGUUGAAAAUUGGGAAAUGUAUCCUAGGAAACUAUUUUUUCAGAAGUUCGCCAAGCUGAUGCUGAUGCAUCCAGUUAUCUGUUGGUGAUGUUUAACAACUUUGGACCUACGUCUAGUAUUGUCUUAAAAUUUCAUGGCAUCAGGUAGUAUCUUUAACUUGUUCUAUUUCUGUUUCAGUCUGUAUCCUUUAGUGAGGGGAGAUGGCUAUAUAUUUUGUCACCAAUGUAAGACUUUCAUAUACACUUGAGUAUAGCACUGUGACAAUUGUCCUAUGUUAGCAUUGUCCCUAGUCUAUACAGGAGUUUUGUUUUUUUUUUUUUUUUUUUUUUUUUUAAGUUUAAAUAUAAAAGCAGUAAUGAUACAAAGGUUAACACAUAAUGUAUAAUCUUGACUAUAUAGCAUAUGUAGAUGUAAUGUUCUGAAAAAAAUAGUAUUUUAGAAUUGAGUUAAUAAAAUGGCCUAAUAAAAGGUCCUUUGGGGACUUAGAUUAACAGGCUUAAAUAAUUUCUAAUCAGCAAAAUAGCUCUUAACUGGAAAACUUGGAUGGAACAAACUUUUUUUUACAUCAGUGUGUUUAGCAAACUGCUUUAUAAUCGGUCAACUGCAGUCCCAUCUCUCUAAGUAAUUGGCACAUUCACAGGGGUCAGUGGGGCUCCUAGGACCAUAGAGUCAUUUUGCAUGUGGAUGGAACAGAGACACUUAGGAAUGAGUGUGAAGAGUCAUUUAAAUAGGUUUGGGACAAAAUGGGUAGAGUAUUGAAUGACUAAGAAAAAGGAAAGGAUGGAGGGAUAAAAAGUAAAAGACCUUGAAGGGGAGGGAUUUCUGACUUAAAAGUAGCAUCUAAUAGAAGGUAGAGGUGGGGUAGCAAUGGUAUUGGCAAGCAUUGUCGUUUUAGUUCGUUCAGUGAAGUUUAACGAUGUGUUUGAAAACAAAGGUAGAUAUUUUCAGUCCUGUGCCUUAGUGUAAAUUUCAAGUUUCUAAGAUACCUCAAAAACUCCAGAAGAGGAGGGGGAGCCUGGGUAGCUCAGUUGUUUAAGCAUCUGCCUUCGGCUCAGGUUGUGAUCUCAGGGUCCUGGGAUCCAGCCCAGCGUCGGGCUCCCUGCUCAGUGGGCAGUCUGCUUCCUCCCUCCAUUUGCCCCCGUCCCUGCUCAUGUUCUCCCUCAAAUAAAAUCUUUUGAAAAAACUUCAGAAGAAAUGUAUUGUGAGUUAUGCACUUGGUUGUUGAAGAGGAGAAAAGGUCUCACAAUAUGCUGAAUGUCUGCUUUUCCAAUUUGCAUUAGGAACUCCUGGAGAGCUAGUUAAAACAUUUCUGGUCUAUGCCCAGCUUCCUGUAGGUUCUAUGUGGCAGGGAAUAUGCUUUCUUAACAAGUUCCCAGGUGAUGAUGCUGAUGGUCCAGGGACCAGAGUUUGAGAAUCACUAAUGAGUAGUUCUCAGAAUUCCAGAGAACUGAAGAGAAGCUCAGCUAUUUGGCCAACAUGUUGGGUUUGUUAGGGGGAAGUACAGGAGGUGCAGGAGAAAUGGGCCUAAAGUCAGAGAUACAUUUAAAGGUCAAACUGGAAUUUCAACCUAAACCUUCCAUUGUUAUUGUUGAGGAAAGUGAAGGUGUGAUGUAAAGGUUCAAGGCUUUAGAACCAGAGAGGUUAGGGCUUGGCUCCAGUUCUGUCAUUUCUGUCUGUGACCUUGUAUAAGUUACUCAAUGUAUGUGAGCUGGUUUCCUCAUUUAUACAGUGGAAGUAAUAGAACUUAUUGUUUAUAUAAAUACAUGUAAUGUUUAUAUAAAUAGAGAAAGAGGAUUGUAGGAUUGUUGUCAGAGUUCGUUUUGCCAGGCAUCCUGCAUAUAUAGGACAUGUCCAUUUUUGCCAGGAUUCCCUAAAUAUCCUUUUUUCAAUAUAUUACAAAAAAUUGAGCAGUUAGUGCUAUUUUUCUGCUAUAGUAAUUGGUGCUUAAAUCCAUUAAAUAGCAACACUAGAUGGGGGAAAGAGUAUAGAUAAGGUUCCUAGAACAAGGUAAUUUCAUUGCACGCUUAGUUUUUCUCGUUGUCUCUUAAAGCACUUCUUUUACUUUGUCCUUCACUAAAGUUGUAAGUCCAGUGAGGGCGGGGACCAUGUCUUGUUCUUUCAUCCUCCCAGCCCUUGGUCUAGUACCUCAAGCAUUUAAGUUUGCCCCGUGGUAGUGGCACCUCACUUUCAGUAACAGUUGAAUCUGAGUUGUGAGCAGCCACUUGGUUUAAGUGUCUAUCCUCUGUUUUUAUAGCAACUUUAUAAGGGAACAGGCAUUCGUUUUACAGAUGAUGAAACUAAGAUUUGUAGGAUCUUAGUUAACCUAGGUAACUAAGGUAACCUCCCAAGGAUCCCAAGGCUAGUAAAUGCCAGAGCAAGGAAGGAUCUGGGCUUUUGCUUCUAACUCUGGUCUUUCCAUGGCAUCAUGUUGGUUCUUAAGAUAAAUUCAUAAAGUUUCUAGUAGUUAAAGCUUAAGUGUAUCAAGUUUCAAAAACUUAAGAAGAAAGAACUGAAGAAUGCAGGCAAAGAACUAAAGCCAAGGCAGUUCAGAUGCCAAGGAACACCAAGCUCAGUGUUGUCAAAACCAACAUGACAGGCCUACAGGUCUCUUAGCACCAAAGCUCCUGACACAUUAUCAGAAACCUCCACCUCAAGGUUGAAAGGACCAAGGUCACCAAAGUAAGAACAGUUUUUAGACUAGUCCAUUUCCUAUCCCAUUUUAGGUAGCAAUAUCCCUUUCUCCUGGGGGAAGCCCGCUACUGCAUGCAGUCUUUUUGGGCUUCUUAAUUCUGGCUCUCCACUCCUCGUUGCUAAGGAUGACUGAGAUUGGAUCAGUCACAGUAUACCACAACCCAGCAGCAGUGAUUGGUUCAAGAGGACCUAAACAAGACCCAUCAGGGUUCUUUUUGUUACAGAAAUCUUGAGAGAAUGAAGUCCUCUUUCUACUGAUAUUGUUAACCUGAGAACAUGACUACCACCCUAACUGGAGCUGCCUGAGCUGAGAAAGUAAUAGAUUCCUGGAGCCGUAUAAUGUCCCUGGUUCUGGUCCUGAGGCCCUGGUUCCUGCAGUGCUGCUUUAAAAUUGUAUAAGCUACUCAGUAUUCCUGGUAGGUGUAGGGAUUGUGGGUUUUGUUUUGUUUUAGCUUAAUCUAGUUUGAGUUGGGGUUCUGUUUAAACCUCAAGAGUCCUGACUAAUUCAGCUGUCAGUAUUAAGACAAUUGGAUGAAUAAGUUUAAGUGAGCCCUUAAUUUAAGCACCCUUGUAGUUAUAAAUUCUUACACAAUUAAGUAUCUUCCUUCUUUGAAAGCUCUUUCUCAUAAUCAUAGUUUUCACUGUAGCUUCUAGUACUGGUUGUGUAGAAUGGUACUGAUAAAAAUGUAUGCCCAUUGACCUUUCAAAGAACCUAAAAACUUUGGGGGAAAUGUUUGUAUUAUGGAUACUUAUUCUAUCAGGAGUAGAAAUCUGUAAAAUCCACUUUUCUGCAGGCAAUUUCUUUUCCUCGAGAUAGGAUUUCACAACCAUGCUCUACUUCUCUGUUAAGAAAACAGUGCAAUAAAAGAGUAGAAUGUAUUUGGAAAAUUUA